UGUUGAUCAGUCGAUGUUUUUUCCGUAGAAAGAGUAAUUUACGUUUUGAUAUUUUAUGUACGGGAACUGAUGAUACUACACAAUUUUGAAGCAAGAUAUAUGAUGCUGAAUAAUUCAUCCAGCAACAUGACAUUUCGGAAUUGUUUAAACAAUAGUGAUAGCAAUUCUUCAGUUUGUGCCUUACCAGAAGUUAAAAGGAGAAUCUGGACUCCAGACGUUAUACAGAGGGUUGUGACAUUAGGCGUCAUAAUGACCUUGACAUUUAUUGGAAAUAUGGUUAUUAUAAUUAUUUUAACAAAGACAAGACAGCGAAAAAGAAACAGUCGAGUAAAUCUUUUCAUCAUAAACCUAGCCAUAGGUGAUCUCGCGGUGUGUUGUAUAACUAUGACAACAGAGCUUUUGUUUGUUGUGUUUGGAGAAUGGAUACUUGGUAACGUGGCAUGUAAACUAUUGACGUAUUCACAAGUGGUGACGUUAUCCAGCACUACAUUUAUACUGACUUCAAUGAGUAUAGACAGAUAUAUGGCUUUGUGUUGUCCUCUUCGGUUUUAUGCCGGAACUUCAAAAGCUAGAACAAAACGAAUGAUUCUUGUUUCUUGGAUAUUGUCUUUUGUGUUUUCUGUUCCACAACUUUUCAUAUUUCAUCAAACCGUUGAAGCUAGUUUCCCGGAUGGAAGCGUUCGUUAUGGUUGUCGUAGUCUUGGUUACACUGCUCAGUGGCAACGAAAGUUGUACAUAUCAUUUAUGACAUCCUAUAUUUUAAUUAUUCCCUCUAUUAUCAUAUCUUUUUGUUAUAUUAAGGUGGUCAUGUGUGUCUGGAGACAAAGUUUUGAGACAACACUGAAGAACAUUCCGGCUUGUAGAAAAACUGUAGUAAACACUGCUAGCAUAUCAAAAGCUAAAAUAAAAACAGUCAAAAUGACACUUACAAUAAUUACCAUAUUUAUUAUUUGUUGGACGCCAUAUUUUGUAACUACAUUAAUUCGCAUCUACAGUGAUUACAAAUAUAUGAUUCCAAAGACAGUCAUGGUAUUUUCAGAAACCAUUGCCUUACUGCAAAGUGCCCUUAACCCUAUUUUGUAUGGAUUCUUUAAUAUUAAAUUCAAAAGAGGGAUAUUGGAAUUAUGUUGUCCAUGGACUAAAAUUCGUUUUCCAACACCGACACGCCAUACUUGUGUCACUGAAAUAACAAAUUAUACGGAUAUGUGUACAUUUGGAGGUGUUCACUACAGUAAUAGCGGAUUAUCUUCUAGGAAGUUGUACGUAUCAAACUCUAAUUCUGGACUAUCAGAAGAAUGCAGAUCACGUGAUGACACUUUAUAUUCAGACAAUGAGGACAGCAAAUUUCUGAUGCUUACACCACAACGUAUCCGACGUAACAAUAGGCCAAGAGCAGCAGAUUUGGCUAUCAUGUGAUUGAAAGCAGAUACAGAUACAUAUGAUAUGAUUUUGGCAGUGCACAUGUUUGUAUGACUGCUGGUUACUAAUUUAUUGUAUUCAUAACACGGGAAUCUGUUUCAACAGUACUAUUGUUUGUUUGUUUUUUUUUUGUUUCGUUAAGGUACUGUUUCAUUGAAGUACAUGUAUACCUCAAAUCUGCAUUU